GUGACUGGAUUGAUCUGACUGGCUUCCGAUUGAGUCAUAGACGUAGAAGAGGAACCUGGACUGGGAAGGACAGAAAUCUUGACUUUCCAUAAUUUGGGCAAGGAAUUUCAGUUUCAUAUCCUCAAAUGUGGAAAGAUAAUCUCAAGUUUCAUUAGAUUUAAAAUCCCGGAAUUAGGGUGAACGUUUGCAGUUUGCACAGAUUAGAAGAAAAUCAAGAUGUCUCAAGUUUGUAACUGGUUAAGUGUUUUUCUAUGCUUACGGGAGUCAACCAAAAAACCCAUAUAUCACAAAGUACAUCCAAAUAGAGGUGCAUUUGAUGCAGUUAUAUUGUGGAAGGGAAAAGAGGGAGCUAAAGAGAAAGUUGGAGGUUUGGCGUACGAGGUAAUCUUAAAACCAGCCACUGUGAAUGAGGCACCCCUGAGACCAGUCACACCACCUAAAGAGAAAGUUAUCUCUGAAGCCGAUAUCCUGAACAAAUUGAAAAAAGCUGAAGAGAGAAGACUGUCACUUGAAGCCCAGAGAUUGGAACAGUUGGCCAAAGAACGGGCAAAGGCACAAGAAAUCGUAGCAAAAGCACAGGAGGAAAGCAAAAUCUUUUCGGAGGAAACCGAGAAAAAACUGAGGAAAGCUAUGGAAGCCAACAAAGAAAAUCGAGAAACGCAAAUAAAUGCUCUUCGAGAACGUUUGAGAGAACAUUUGGUUAAAGUGCAAGAAGUUUGUAGUCGUAGUGAUCAAAUGUCUAAAGAACUUGAACAAAAACUCACCAUAAAGUAUUCAACAUACGAAGAAAACCGACAAGAACAACUUCAAAAAAUGAUGGAUCGACUUAAAGACCAUGCUACCCAUAUCCAAGAGGUAUGCAAGGCAAGUGAGAGUAUGAAUAGAGCUUCAGAAGAGAAAAUUAUUACCAAGAUGGAAACGGCCUUGAAGAAUCGUGAAGAACAGUAUAGAGCUCUUCAAGAAAGACUACAGGAACAUGAGAGAAGAAUAGAAGAAGUUAGACGAAAUAAACAGAAUAUUGAACAACAAGUGGUGUCAGAAGGUCAGGCUUAAUGCUACAGGUUAUUCUAUGAUUGAAACCGACAACCACAAUGUUUUAUCACCAUUGGAUAUAUCUAUCUAAUAUCUUUCUCUUAAUUUCCGUCUUAUUGACAAUUCUUACAUUUGUUCUUUCUUCAAGUCUUUUUGUUCAACUUUUACAUUGUAGUGCUAUAGUUAUUGCCUAGUGCUAUGUUAAUCUGGUAUAUAGUCAGCCAUGUAAAAUCUGUUUUUAUCAGCAUUCCUAUAACAUUUCAUAUGCAAAUAUUGUCUUCUUUAUAAUAAGUCUCUAUUGAGAAACCUUGCCUUUUUUAUUAAUUUCUUUCUAAAUUCACCAUGUCAUCAUAUAAUAUUCUACUUGUAUUAACAACUUCAUGUACUGCCAGCUAUGCAUUUUUUGUAUGUGGUCGUCAAUUGUAUUCUAGUAUCAAAUGGUUAGAUGUCUAUCAGCUGUACAUUGCUGUCAUUAUGAUUGAUGGAUGUUUGAUAUAAUAUAUAGUAGUUACCUAGGAGAAACUAGUCAGUCAUUAUCACCAAAACUCUUCAUUUUGUUCAUACUCAUUAUUAAUUAUUAUUGACCAUUUGUCUUGCACACUGCCUUCAUUAUUAUUAAUACUUAGUUGAGAUUUUGUAUGCUAUGACCUGGUAUGGAUGAGAAUAUGUAUAGGUUAUAUAGGCAUUUGUGUUUGUAUUUGAUGCAAUACCCAACAAAAUAUCAACCUCUUGCUGAAAGAUUUUGCAUAUUUUGGUAGGUAAUGUCAAUCCAUACAAAAAAAAAGUUUUCAUAGAAGUGUCCUAUAAUUUGAUGUAAAGUUUUACUGAAUGAAAACAGAAGAAUGUUGAUUUUUAACUAACCACAUACUUGGAUCUAUCAUAUUUUUAUAAAUUUAGAUUUUUAGUAGAAUUGAAAGAAAAUGUCCAUAUUUAUCUCUCCACAACUUACUAAAGAAUCUCAAGACAGAACCAGAGGUAAUUUUAAAAUAACUGGUUUGCCAUGACACUGAUACUUUUAAAUAUUUCAUUAAAAUGUAUUGUAAAUGAAGAAAAUCUGAAUGACUUUAAAAGUUUUGAUAUUCUCUGGACGAUAAUAACAUAAACUGGAAAGAAAACUGACAAUAUUAAGUUUAGAAAUUCUCUGAACAAUGAUUGCCUAAAAUAUAUUGAUAACUAACACUGUAAAUACAUUAGUGUUUUAUUAAGCCGAGAAUGUCUAUAACUCUAAAAAUUUAGAAAUUCUUAUGCGGUCCUACUCACAAGUCAGAUAUAUUGGUAGAGUUGUGUUUCAGAAAGAUCACUACAUCUGUCAACACUUUCUUUCUGCCGUGUAACAAUGGAUAAAAUCGGUCUCUUUCAUAAAGUCACUAUAUUGAAAAGAAAGUGAGGGAUAUGGUAGGGUUUGUUUCAAAUAUUAAUGAAUGAGUUAAUUGUUAACUAGAUACUUAUCUGGCUGGAUUCUGCCAUAAACCUGACUUGGAUGUAGGACUGUGAGACAGUUAACACGCUACUAGUUAAAAACCAGAUAAACAAUUUGUGUGCCAUAUUACUGUGUAAAAAUGAUUUAGGUUGUGAAAUGAUACUACAGAUUGGAGGAGGCGGGUUUGAAUUGACCUCAGGUCCUGGUUUUGUUGCCUAUUUUGUAUUGCUGUUUAUGUUGCUGAUAUAUCUGCUUCUUGUUGAAAUCAUCAAUGUUAUAUUAAAAUAUAACUUGAACUCAAUAAAUUUGUUUACCUGCUUA